AUGGAAGACAGAAUCACCCCUGUUACGGCACAUGACAAGCGCGACUCAGGGACGGUUACCCAUCAAAGCUUCAUCGCGCCCUUCUCGCUGGAUCCCGCAUCGGAAGAAGAGAAGGUUCCAGGAAACAAAUUUGCGUUUUCGCCGGCCCAACUGCACCGGUUAAUUACCGUUCGGAAUCUGGACGCGUUGCACUGCUUCGGUAGCUUACCCGGACUGGCCAAAGGACUCAAGACGGACGUUAAGGCUGGCCUUAGCAUCGAUGAAGACGUGUUAAACGGGAGCAUCUCGCUGGAAGAGGCGCUCAGCCCGGAUUCUGGCUCUGCGAGCCAAGCAGUAUUCGAAGACGUGGCAGCAACUGCCUCCAGCCCAGGAAAGUUCACGGACCGUCGCAACACCUUUGGCGAGAACCGUGUGCCCAGGAGAAAAGCGAAGACGUUCUUGCAGCUGGUAUGGCUUGCUUUUAACGACAAGUUAAUGUUUCUUCUCACCGCGUCUGCGACGGUCUCGCUUGCACUUGGUAUCUACCAGUCGAUCAGUGACACGGACGGGGACUCCAGUAUUGACUGGGUCGAGGGCGUAGCCAUCAUUGUUGCUAUAAUCUUGAUUGUGCUUGUCACUGCCAUCAAUGAUUAUCAAAAGAACUUCAAGUUUCAAAAGUUGAAUCAAAAGAAGGAUGAGCGCAUGGUUACGGUUACCCGCUCGGGGCAACAUCAUUCUAUUUCUAUUUUUAAUAUUCUUGUUGGCGACAUAUUACAUGUCGAAGCGGGCGAUGUUAUGCCCGCAGAUGGCAUCCUGGUGGAGGGAUUUGACAUCCAGUGUGAUGAAUCACCUCUCACAGGCGAAUCGGAUUUAAUAAUCAAGACUCCGCUUGAUGGAACGCAUGCGCAGCACCCCGGCGACCCUUUCAUCCUCAGCGGUACGAGGAUCGAAACAGGAGUUGGAACAUGCCUUGUCGUCUCGGUUGGCGCCAAUUCAACCUAUGGAAAAAUCAUGUUGUCAUUACAAGACGACAUAGAGGAAACGCCAUUGCAGCAAAAACUGGGAGUACUUGCCAAGUACAUUGUCAACUUUGGCCUUAUUUCUGGAGUUAUUUUCUUUGCUAUCAUGUUCAUCAGGUUCCUCACUGAGCUCGAUGAUAUUCGUGGCGGCCCAAAGGCGAAGGGACACGAGUUCCUCGAAGUCUUUAUUCUCUCCAUCACCGUCGUCGUUAUCGGAGUACCCGAAGGCCUUCCGCUCACCGUUACCCUGGCACUUGCGUUCGCAACCACAAGGAUGCUCAAGGAUAAAAACCUCGUGCGGCUCCUCCGUUCAUGCGAGAUCAUGGGGAAUGCCACGACCGUUUGCUCCGACAAAACUGGCACGUUGACGCAGAACAAAAUGAGCGUGGUCGCAGGCAUUGUCGGCACCUCUGAUGAAUUCACCGACGGCAUGCCUUCCGCAUUGGCACCUACUAGCGAAAAAGACUUGCCUCGUCCCACGGCAAACAGGCUGAUGUCAUCGCUUUCCGAGGACGUCCGGGCCUUACUUAGGAUGAGCUUUGCCUUGAAUUCCACCGCAAUCGAAACGGGCGACCGCGGGAAGUUCCUGGGAUCCAGCACAGAGACCGCUCUGCUCCGAUUCGCGUCCGACAAUGUCGCCAUGAGCGCGCUCAGCGAGGAGAGAGCCAACGGCAACGUCGUGGAAAUGGUGCCGUUCGACUCGAACCGGAAAUGGAUGGCUGUCAUCAUACGCCUAGGUCCAGGGAAGUACAGGAUGCUGGUAAAGGGGGCAGCCGAAGUGAUUCUUGCCGCGUGCUCGGAGGCCUUGCGAGGGCCGCAGGACGGCAUGUCCCCUGCGGAGCUGACUAUGGAUAACGCGCACGCACUCGAAACCGCGAUGCUUCAAUACGCCGAACGGUCGCUUCGCGUCAUCGCGGUUGCGUAUCGGGAUUUUGAGGACUGGCCCCCUCACCAAGACUCUUCCCCGCAUCAAGAAGCAGCAGCAGCGAAUAUCACGGACCUGGAGAAUCUGGUCUUCAUAGGCGCGUUCGGAAUCCGCGAUCCCCUACGCCCCGAGGUUGUCGAAGCAGUGCGGCAAUGUCAGUCCGCCGGUGUCUUUGUCCGUAUGGUUACCGGCGACAACUUCUUCACCGCCAAAGCCAUCUCCUCAGAAUGUGGCAUCUACACAGCGGGAGGAAUCGCCAUGGAUGGGCCGACGUUUCGGACACUGACUCCUGAGCAGCUGGACCUUGUCAUUCCGCGUCUGCAGGUUCUCGCGCGCUCCAGUCCUGACGAUAAGAUGCUGUUGGUUUCGCAUUUGAGGGGCAUGAACGAGAUCGUCGCUGUCACUGGUGAUGGCACCAACGACGCGCUGGCUUUGAAAGCUGCGGAUGUUGGAUUCUCCAUGGGGAUUUCCGGGACGGAAGUGGCUAAGGAGGCCUCUGCGAUUGUGCUCAUGGAUGACAAUUUCACUUCUAUCGUGAAAGCAGUGGCUUGGGGUAGAGCCGUCAACGACGCCUCCAAGAAGUUCUUACAGCAGUUCCAAUUCACCAUCAACAUUACUGCCGGGCUCAUAACCGUCAUAUCAGCCUUGGUCGGCGGUACCAACGCGUCCGUCUUCACCGUCGUGCAGCUUCUCUGGAUCAACCUCAUCAUGGACACCUUUGCCGCCCUAGCCCUAGGCACAGACUACCCCACGCAGACGCUACUCUCACGCAAACCCGAACCCCGGACAGCAUCCAGCCUAAACACGACAAUGUGGAAGAUGGUACUCGGGCAAUCCAUCUACCAACUCGCCGUAAUCUUCACCUUCUACUACGCCGGCCAAACCAUCUUCGACUACCAUACCCCGCGCGAGCGCAAGCACCUCCAGACCAUGACCUUCAACACGUACGUGCUAAUGCAAGUCUUCAACCAACUCAAGUAA